AUGGCACUAGCUCGAGGAGCAACAUCAUCAUUUAGCCCAACAGAGAUUGAAUUUCUUGCAGAAGAUGAACCAAUAACUAUCGUUCCUUCUCAGAAACUGGCUCAACUGGAUAUGAUUUCUGGAACAUAUGGACCAUUCAGACCACCAAUGAAAACCAAAGUUCCCUUAUGGCUAGCUGUUACUCUGAAAAAGAAACAGAAAUGUAACAUCCAGCCUCCUGAAUGGCUUGAUGCUGAUCGAUUACAAGACUUGUCAAAACGAGAACGAGACGAAGGAUCUUUCUCUGCGCUACCGUUUCAUUUUAUGGAAAUCGCUCAAUUGUUAUUAGAUUGUGCAAGUGAUGAUAUACCACGCGCUGAACUAGUCAAAACUCUACUCAAGGAUUUACGUGAAAUACGUCAAUCGAAAGCGCAUCAGGGUCUGAAACAACUUGGAUAUGAUUACCUACAGAUGGACAAUCUAGGACUGAUGGAAAUCAAUGAAAUCAGGCCCUUCUUCACCAAAGUGUUCAAUCAGUUACGAAGAUUGAAUGCUGGUGACAAUGCCAUGGAAGCUUGA